UUUCAGCAGUCUGUCUCAGCGACUCAGUGUGCGCUGGUGGGGCGCAGUGAGCUUAUCCGUCUUGGUGUAGAGUUGCGUCGGUGAGCUGAGUGGAGGAGCCUCUCUCUGUCCAGCAGCAAACAGAAGAGUCGGGCUUUGUGAGUAUGGCGGUCGAGGAGGAAGGUCUUCGGGUAUUCCAGAGUGUGAAAAUCAAAAUCGGUGAAGCCAAAAACAUUCCACCAUACCCAGGCCCCAACAAGAUGAGGGAUUGCUACUGUACUGUAAACCUGGACCAGGAGGAAGUGUUCAGGACCAAGAUCGUUGAGAAGUCCUUGUGUCCGUUCUACGGCGAAGACUUUUACUGUGAAAUCCCUCGGAGUUUCCGUCAUCUCUCCUUCUACAUCUUUGACAGGGACGUGUUCAGGAGGGACUCAAGCAUUGGUAAGGUGGCUGUGAAGAAGGAGGACCUGCAGAAGUACCAUGGCAAAGACAACUGGUUCCCACUGCAGCCAGUCAGCGCCGAUUCAGAGGUGCAGGGGAAGGUCCACGUCGAGCUGCGUCUGAGUGAGGUCAUCACAGACAACGGCGUCGUCUGUGUCAAGCUGGCCACACGUGUGUUGGAGUGUCAAGGACUGCCAAUCGUCAACGGGCAGUGCGACCCAUACGCGGCCGUGUCCCUGCUGGGGCCCACCAGGUCGGAGGCCAAGAAGACCAAAGUGAAGAGGAAGACGAACAACCCCCAGUUCGAAGAGGUCUUCUACUUCGAGGUGACAAGGCCACCCAGCUACACUAGACGGCACUUUGACGUGGAGGAAGAGGAUGUGGACAAGAUGGCUGUCAGGGUGGAUCUGUGGAACGCCAGCAACUUGAAGUUCGGAGAUGAGUUCCUGGGGGAGGUUCGCAUCCCACUGAAAGUCCUGGGCCAGUCAGGUCUUCACGACGCAUGGUGAGAGCACGUACUAUCCUGCCAGCCCCGGGACAACGGCAGCAAGUCAGAGAAGCCGGAUGACCUGGGCUCGCUGCGGCUGAACAUUGUUUAUACGGAGGAUCACGUCUUCCCCUCAGAGUCCUACAGCCCCCUCAGAGACCUGCUCCUGCUCUCUGGCCACAUGGAGCCUGUGUCAGCGUCUGCAGCUCACAUCCUGGGUGAGGUAUGCCGGGAGAAGCAAGAAGCCGCCAUUCCCCUGGUCCGCCUCUUCUUGCACUAUGGGAAAAUCGUGCCUUUCCUGAGCGCCAUCGCCAAUGCGGAGGUCAACAGGACACAGGAUCCCAACACCAUUUUCCGGGGAAACUCGCUGACCUCCAAGUGCAUAGACGAAACCAUGAAGCUGGCCGGCAUGCACUACCUGCAGGUGACCCUGAAGCCCGUCAUCGAUGAGAUCUGCGCCGACCACAAGCCCUGCGAGAUCGACCCGGUGAAGCUGAAGGAAUCUGAGAACCUGGAGACCAACAGGGAGAACUUGCGUCAGUACGUGGACCGCGUCUUCACCGUCAUCACCAAGUCUGGAGUCAGCUGUCCCACAGUCAUGUGCGACAUCUUCUCCUCCUUGAGGGAGUCGGCAGCUAAACGGUUCCAAGAGGACCAGGAUGUGAGGUACACGGCUGUCAGCAGCUUCAUCUUCCUGCGCUUCUUCGCCCCAGCCAUCCUGUCCCCCAACCUGUUCCAGCUGCGACCACACCACCCGGAUCCCUCUACCUCUCGAACCCUUACCCUGAUCUCCAAGACCAUACAGACCCUGGGGAGCCUUGCCAAGUCAAAGUCCGCCAACUUCAAAGAGUCCUUCAUGGCGACCUUUCACGACUACUUCAACGACCAUAAGUACGCAGAUGCUGUGAAAAAUUUCCUAGAUCUGAUCUCCUCAUCCGGGAGGUGGGACCAGAAAAGCAUCGAGACACCGAUCAUGCUGAAAGAGGGAUUCAUGAUCAAAAGAGCUCAGGGGAGGAAUCGUUUUGGCAUGAAGAACUUCAAGAAGAGAUGGUUCCGUCUCACCAAUCAUGAGUUCACCUAUCACAAAAGCAAAGGAGAGAGUCCACUGUGCAGUAUUCCCAUCGAGAACAUCCUGGCCGUUGAGCGAUUAGAAGAGGAGUCCUUCAAGAUGAAAAAUAUGUUCCAGGUCAUCCAGCCUGAGAGGGCGCUCUACAUCCAGGCCAACAACUGCGUGGAGGCGCGCGAUUGGAUCGACAUCCUAACGAAAGUCAGCCAGUGCAACCGGAAGCGGCUGAGUACCUACCACCCGUCGGCAUACCUCAAUGGACACUGGCUGUGCUGCAAGCACUCAACUGACUCCGCCCCCGGCUGCACCCCCUGCACAGCUGGCCUUCCCGCAAACAUCCAGCUGGAUGUCGAUGGAGACCGUGAGACAGAACGCAUCUAUUCACUCUUCAGCACGUACAUGACCAAGCUGAUCAAGAUGCAAGAGGCGUGCGGCAGCAAGUCCGUAUACGAUGGGCCGGAGCAGGAGGAGUACUCCAGCUUCAUCAUCGACGACCCCCAGAAGACGUACAAGACGCUGAAGAGCAUCAUCACCGCGGUGCAGGCCCUGGAGCAAGAGCACGCUCAGUACAAAAGGGACAAGUUCAGGAAGACCAAGUAUGGCAGCCAGGAACAUCCAAUUGGAGACAAGAACUUCCAGUGCUACAUUCGGCAGCAGUCGGAGUGCUCCACCUACUCCAUCUGAUCGUGACCAGCGGUUGCCAAGGUGCUCUGAGCACUGACUUGGUGUUCCACCUCCCACGAGAGAGAGACUGAGAGAGGCGCCCUGCAAGGGUCCUGAAAACGGAACCUGCGCAUAUGAGGACAUGGGAUUAUCCUGUGUAGAAGUGUAGCGUGAAGAUUAAGGGUCAAGCUAAUUCCAGUAUUUUCUAUGAAAUACUAAACUAAAGGACAGCUCUUCACCACAUGGUGUGACCAAAGCGAUGCACUUUAAUCAUCCCGAACUGAUGGAUGAUGCAGCUCUGCCUUACGGCGCAUUUUAAAUUUUUAUUCUGUGAGAUCCUUUUUGUUUUUAAUCCGUUCCGUGGUUCGGUUCAUUGGCCGUUUUAAAAAAGCUCUUAAAAGGCAUAUUUAGUGUUAACCUACCCACUGAAUUUCAAGGCCGAACUCUGCGUCCCCAGAAACCACAUACUGCCCAUCAGGUGUUAUAGUUGUGAUGAGUGUUGUUGCUGUGUGUGUGUGUGUGUGUGUGUGUGUUCAUCUCAGCAAGGGUUAAAUGCAAAAUUCUUGUGUGCACACCUACCUUUUACUGCACGAUAGGGACUCUUUUCUUCAGUGUGUUGAUGAGAUCCAGAAAAAACAUUUUUUUUUAAUCAGUGCAUUUUUAUUACAGAAUCACAUGCAAAUUGUACCCUAAUUUUAGCAGAAACUCUUGUUUGGUUAUCUGUUUGUCCAUUUAAAAGAAUUUUCUGGGUCAAAAGUCAUAAUAACCAUUGUGAUCAUCCUUCUGCCAGUUCCUACUCUAAAAUGGUAUUUUCUUUAAUCCAGAGGCGAUUGAGCUGCAUAGUCAAAUUAGGAAAUUAGGAAAUUAACCUCCAUGAGUGUUUGCAGCAAUAUCCCGAGUAUUUAAAAAAAUAUAUAUAUUUUCAGAUACUGUAGUUUUCUAUGUCAUUGUUUGUACACUCAAAUUGGAAGUCUGUGCAGUGGGGUUUUAAAAAUUCAGAAUGUUAAACAAUCAUGGAUAUAAUUUCACUUAAUGUCAUGGCGUUUUUUUUUAAUAUAUUUCUGUUAUUGUGUGGAAAUCUCUUAAACAUAAUGUCUGUUAA